AUGGCCACUCCGAGAGCAGCCACGGCGGCGUGGACCAACGAGGAGGACAAGGCGUUCGAGAACGCGGUGGCAUCCGGUGCACCGCCGCCGCUGGACGGCGUGCCGGAGGAGGACUGGUUCGCGGCGCUCGCGGCGAGCGUGCCGGCGCGGUCGACGGAGGAGGUGCGGCGCCACUACGAGGCCCUGGUGGAGGACGUCGGCGCGAUCGACGCCGGCCGCGUCCCCCUCCCGCGCUACGCCGGGGAGGACUCCACCCCUGCCGCCGCAGCGGCGCCUAGCAAGGACCGGCGCGAGGAUCGGAAGAGCUUCGACUCCGACUCCGGCAAGGGCUGCUCCAAGGCCGAGCAGGAGCGGCGCAAGGGCAUCCCGUGGACGGAGGAGGAGCACAGGCUGUUCUUGCUGGGGCUGGACAAGUUCGGCAAGGGCGACUGGCGGAGCAUCUCGCGCAACUUCGUCAUCUCCCGGACGCCCACGCAGGUGGCCAGCCACGCGCAGAAGUACUUCAUCCGCCUCAACUCCAUGAACCGGGACCGCCGCCGCUCCAGCAUCCACGACAUCACCAGCAUCAACAACGCCGCCCAGGCCGUGCCGCCCAUCACCGGCCAGGCCCCCGCCGCGCUAGGGGGGCCGCCCGGGGGCAUGAUGAAGCAUCCCGGGAUGGUCGGCAUGUACGGAGGGGCGCCCAUGGGCCACCCGGUCGCGGGCCACAUGGUCCCCGCCGCCGUCGGCACGCCGGUCAUGUUCCCGCCGGGGCCGGGCCACCCGCCCUACGCCAUGCCCGUCGGCUACCCGGCGCCGCAUCAGUGA